GUUGCGCGGCUAGGGCCGGAAGUCGGCGGGUUCUCGGGUGUGUUUCUGAGUCUGUCUGUGUCUCGAAGCGGCGCGCGGCCCGGGGCAAGCGGGAUUCCCAGAUUCCCAUCUGAGGCGUCACCACUGUCACUACCAUCACCCACGGAGCCACUACUAGAGGGGAGUAGACCCGGCCCUUCGCCGGGCAGAGAAGAUGUUGCCCCUGUCCAUCAAGGACGAUGAAUACAAACCACCUAAGUUCAAUCUGUUCGGCAAGAUCUCAGGCUGGUUUAGGUCUAUCCUGUCGGACAAGACGUCUCGGAACCUGUUUUUCUUCCUGUGCCUGAACCUCUCUUUCGCUUUUGUUGAACUACUCUACGGCAUCUGGAGCAACUGCUUAGGUUUGAUUUCCGACUCUUUUCACAUGUUUUUCGAUAGCACUGCCAUUUUGGCUGGAUUGGCAGCAUCUGUUAUUUCAAAAUGGAGAGAUAAUGAUGCUUUCUCUUACGGGUAUGUUAGAGCGGAAGUUCUGGCUGGUUUUGUCAACGGCCUGUUUUUGAUCUUCACUGCUUUUUUUAUUUUCUCAGAAGGAGUUGAGAGAGCAUUAGCCCCUCCAGAUGUACACCAUGAGAGGCUGCUUCUUGUUUCAAUUCUUGGGUUUGCGGUAAACCUAGUAGGAAUAUUUGUUUUCAAGCAUGGAGGUCAUGGACAUUCUCAUGGCUCUGGCCAUGGGCACAGUCAUUCCCUCUUUAACGGUGCUCUGGAUCAGGCACAUGGCCAUGGAGAUCAUUGCCAUAGUCAUGAAUUGAAACAUGGUGCUGCACAUAGCCAUGAUCACGCUCAUGGACAUGGACACUUUCAUUCUCAUGAUGGCCCCUCCUUAAAAGAAACAACAGGACCCAGUAGACAGAUUUUACAAGGUGUAUUUUUACACAUUCUAGCAGAUACACUUGGGAGUAUCGGUGUAAUUGUCUCUGCCAUCAUGAUGCAGAAUUUUGGUCUAAUGAUAGCAGAUCCUAUCUGUUCAAUCCUGAUAGCCAUGCUCAUAGUUUUAAGUGUUAUUCCUCUUUUAAGAGAGUCUGUUGGAAUAUUAAUGCAGAGAACUCCUCCCCUUUUGGAAAAUACUCUCCCUCAGUGCUAUCAGAGGGUGCAGCAGUUGCAAGGAGUUUACAGUUUACAGGAACAGCAUUUCUGGACCUUAUGUUCUGAUGUUUAUGUUGGGACCUUGAAAUUAGUAGUAGCACCUGAUGCUGAUACCAGGUGGAUUUUAAGCCAAACGCAUAAUAUUUUUACUCAGGCCGGAGUGAGACAGCUUUAUGUACAGAUUGACUUUGCGGCCAUGUAAAUGAAUGAAAAGAAAUUAUGCUUUUUGGGGGACCUGAGUUUUUCUGGUACUGUACAAUCCUAAUCAUUGUACUUAGCUUUUUAAAAAGAGAAAUCAUCACUACGACUCCCCAGCACCAAGUAGACCAGGUAGAGUCAGCCGAUUGUGCUCUGCCAGGAGUUUACAACUAAGGGAUCAGAAUUAAGAGGAUCUCUCCUGGACUUGUGGUCUUCUGUGCUUCUUCCCUCCAAACCAUUUUGAUUUCUGAGGUUUCUAGUUUUGUUCCAGGGUAUUGUUUUCUGUUUGUUUGUUUCCUUUGUUUUUCAUUUCAAAUGCCCUCACUUCCACCCCUCAUCCUAGCCAGUAAGAAAUUCAGACAGUGGGCCUCUAAUCAUCUGGAAUGUCUUCACUGAAGCUGCUGGAAACCACUGCUUUCAUUCCCAGAAAACCAGUGUUAUUUUAAAAAAAAAAAGAAAAAGAAAAAUGGAAAUCUGCUUUAUAUGUAAUGUCACAAUCGUUGACGUUCUUCAAUAUAAUCACGUUUGUAAAAUUGUUUGUACCUUGCAAACUUAUGAACCAAACCAUAUUGGGUUUUCAAAGUGCCUUUGUAUCAGAAAAUGUAUUUGCCAGCAUAGAAAUGUACCAUCAAAGGUCAUGUAUAUGUUUUUUUUUUAAUGGGUAUUCUGUAUUCUGUACAAAAUAAGACUCUUGUUAGUAAUGUAUACAGAUGUCUUUUUGUGUACUUGCAGCAUAGGUUUAGAUAUAUAAAAAUCUGCCUUUUAUUGCUUUAUCCCAUCAAAAAAUAAAAGGUGUUAUUUUGCUUUUUAAAUCAAAUUCAGUUAUUACAUUAAAUUAUUUUGUGUACUGUGUUUUCAAAACUUUGCAAAUGCUUCUGUUAUACAGAUGGGUGUUUUGACUUACUUAAAACAUCUGCUAAAUUCCAAAUUUCUAUAAAAGCUACUGUGUCUGUGAUAAACUUUCGUAUAUCUCUCCUUGCUGUUUUUAUAGAUUCUGUUAAUGAAAGGAAAAGGCAUGUAGAGUGAAGGCAGAAAUGGUUGUGACAAUGUUAUUUUGCUUUUUCAUUCUUCAAACGCCAAGUCAUACGUUUUCCUGUGCAAGUGUUACACAAAUACAGUUGCUUUCAGGAAUCCUAAAGCAGCAUUUUAUUGACUUUGAAGUAUUAAAGGUACGGAGUAAAUGUGGUAACAUAGAACUCUUCCUAACACAGGUAUCUUGGAAGUUAAUAAAUAAGUUGAUUUCUAGGCUCUUGUGUGUUUGAAAAAUAAAAUUGCAAUUUGAGAUAA